AAAUUUCAAAAUCAGCAUAAUUCACAAUCCCUCACAGAGUCUGGUUUAGGUCUUCCUUUUCUGUUCGCUGCUCAUCUUCUGGGCUCACACUCCUCUCCUUGAGAGGAGAGACAAGAGAGGGGGCAGUCCACACCGAUUGCCCCGAAUCCAAUUCCCACUUACCCAUCCAACAAUUGUUUUUUUUUUAUCAAUAUUUAUGCAAUAUACUUGGAGAUUCUUCGCAAAACACCGCCCACUCCUUCUCCAUCUUGUUUAGGCUGUAAUGGGGAAAAAGGUGAAGAAGAAAACAAGAAGUUCUGUGAAAGAGAAAUUGGGUCCCUCGAUGUCUCCGACAACAGUUCCCAACGAUGACACGAGCAAUGCUGAAACAACUGUUGAUGCAGUUGUGGUUAUCAAAGAUAGGGGAGUGUGUUCCCAUGUUGAUAAAGGUAUCAACUUAGACAAACUUUCUGCCAAACUGCGGUCUUCAGAAUCAAACAAGUGUGAAGAUUGUCGGGGAAAUAUGGCUGAUAGACGAUCAAAGAAAGGGCAAGCUAAACCUGGGAAAAAAGGAGGGACGAAAGCAAUUUGGGUUUGUUUAGAAUGUGGGAAUUAUGCCUGUGGAGGCAUUGGAUUGCCAACUACGCCUCAGAGCCACGCUGUCAGGCAUUCGAAACAGAACCACCAUCCUUUGGUGGUCCAUUAUGAGAAUCAUCACUUGCUUUGGUGUUUCCCGUGUGGAAAACUUGUUCUUGGUGAAAAUUCAGAAGACCAUAAAGAGGUCUUAACCGAGGUUGUGAAAUUGCUGAAAGGACAACCGGGUGAAGGAUCGACUGUAGAUGUUGAGGAUGUCUGGUUUGGCAGUGCUAGUGUUACAAGUGCGGUGAAAUCAGAUUACUCUGUAAGCACCGCUGGGAAAGCUGGCUAUUCGAUUAGGGGAUUGGGUAAUUUGGGAAAUACUUGUUUCUUCAACUCGGUCAUGCAGAAUCUAUUUGCUAUAAAUAGCUUGCGUGAUUAUUUCUUCAAGUUAGAUGAAUCUGUUGGUCCUCUAAGUGCUGCUAUGAGAAAGCUUUUCCUCGAGACCAGCAAUGAAGGUGGGUCAAAAGGGGUACUCAAUCCUAGAUCCUUAUUUGGUGUUCUCUGUAACAAGUCUCCACAGUUCAGGGGAUAUCAGCAACACGAUAGUCAUGAGCUUCUUAGAUGUUUGCUUGAUGGCAUGUCAACAGAAGAGUUGAGUUUUAGAAAGCACAACAAAUCUUGUGAGGUUUCAGUUAAGGAUAAGACAUUUGUGGAUGGUUUCUUUGGUGGAAAACUUUCUAGCACCGUUAGUUGUCUGGAAUGUUGCCACGCAUCAACUAUUUAUGAACCGUUUUUGGAUCUCUCCUUGCCAGUUCCUACCAAGAGGCCUCCUCCCAAAAGGACCCAACCUCCUCUUCGAGGCAAGAAACCAAAACUGUUUCCAAAGAGAAGCGCCCGGAAUUUCUCCAAGGCUAGCAAAGAAUCAAAUAGUUCACCAAGAAAAAGUGUUCUUGACCAAUCAAUCGGUGGCAACUCCCUUGCAUUGGUUGAUUCGGCAUUUUCAGAUUCCACUGGUUCCUGCAGUGUAGCUCUUGAUAUGGGUUUAUCUGCCGAUGAUCUUUCUGCUUUCCAGAAUCCUGAUAGCCAGCCAGCGAGUCAAGCAGUUGUAGAGCAGACAAUCUCUUCUGAUGCCUUUUCAUGGUUAGAUUACCUUGAUCCGUGUCCGAUAUCAGAACAGGGUGAUGCUGCCUCGGAAACUGAUGAUACUUCAGCAAUCGAUGAUUCUGCAAAAGAAGAUGUUCGACUGCAGGAUACCUCAUCGACUGCUGCAUCAGAUUCUAGGUUUGAGAGUAAUUUAGAAAAAAUAGCUCCAGAAAUCCCCUUAGGCAAUGCCAAAAACUAUGAUGCCCCUGAGCCGGGUGCUGUAGCCCAAGAACAGAAUGCUUCUCUCCAGUUUGAGGAUGAGCAAAGUGUUAAACCUGAUUCUGAUGGAGGUAUUACGCCUGAAGGUUCUCUUACUGAGGACCGUUUUGAGUGUGAUGGUGGUAAAGAUCAGAGCUCUCCUUCAUGCAGUCAAAUUUGUGCAGAAGAUUCAAAUACUUCAUGUAGGGAUAACGAUAGUUCGUCACAGAAUCUGGAUCCUAAAGUUAUGUCAUGUCAGAAUCGAGAAGCUGAUACAUCUAGUGUUGAUGUGACCGGAGCAGACACUGAGGUCUCAUUAGCCAUAGUUGGAAACGAACAAGAAUCUUUAGAUUUUGAUGGAUUUGGAGAUAUGUUCAAUGAACCUGAGGAGUCUUCGGGUGCUAAGUCCUUGGACAAUCCUGGUUCUGUGGCUAAAAAUGGAGUAAAUGGAAAUAAUACUAGUGAGUCUGAUGCGGAUGAGGUUGAUAAUGCUGAUGCUCCAGUGACUGUCGAGAGCUGUUUGGCUUUCUUCACAAAGCCGGAAUUUCUUUCCAAGGACGAGCAUGCUUGGCAAUGUGAUAAUUGUUCAAGAAUCUUGCGAGAACAAAGAGCAAAAUCGAGGAAACUUAAAAAUCCUAAAUCUGAUGCUGUGCCCAACAGUUGUGAGGAUACACAUCCUAGCAGUGAUGGAAAAACUUAUGACACAGAGAAAAGUAUGAACAGUAAGGCAGAAGUUGAUCCUUCUGAUGGCGGGCCGCUACCCCAUAAUGAGGAUAGUUUGGAGAAUGGGAGAUGCAAGGUUGGAAACUACGUGGUAAGUGAGAUAAACGGUAUUGAAAUCCAGUCAGAGAAUGUGGAACUUCAGGCCACAAGUUCAUGUCCUGGUUCGUCAGAAGGUUCAGAUUUAAGUAAUCGAGGUCUUGAUCCACAUCAAAGAGAAUGUGAUUCUGAAAAAGAUGUGUCUAUGAGAAAUGAGUUGCAAUCUGUGAAGUGUGAAACAGAAGUCAGUGAGCACGAGGAUGUAGACUCAGAGAAAUUGAAAGUGAAAAGGGAUGCAACGAAGAGUAUACUAAUCAGCAAGGCUCCAGCUAUUCUAACAAUCCACCUCAAGAGGUUUAGCCAAGAUGUGAGAGGGCGCUUGAGUAAAUUAAACGGCCACGUGAGUUUCAAGGAGUCAAUUCAUCUCAAGCCUUACAUGGAUCCCAGGUGCAGCGAGGACAACUGCACACCCUCAUACCGUCUAGUUGGGGCCGUGGAGCAUCUAGGGACAAUGAGGGGUGGCCACUAUGUUGCGUAUGUUAGAGGUAGCCCCGGUUACGGGGAUGAUGGCGCCUGGUAUCACGUGAGUGAUGCUUACGUGCGCCAGGCUUCUCUCGACGAAGUUCUGCGCUGUGAAGCUUAUAUUUUGUUCUAUGAAAGAGCUUGAGAGGAGAUUACAUUUUUGUUCAUUUAUUUGUUUUUCUUCUCACAUUGAGAUACACAGAUGAGAGAGAAAGAGAGGGAGAGUUAGGGGUUUAUAACAACCAUUGCUGAUACACGAAAUUUUGGAUGUGCAUUGAUCUCAAAAUGUGAGAAAUCAUUCACAGAUGAUCAGGUGUUGCAACCUUGUAUACUUAUUUUUGAAGUGUUCUUGACCAUAUUCCAAUACUUGCAUCAUUGGGUGUGACUGACUUUGAUUUUUGGAGUACUGUUAUUUAAAGUAAUGUGAAAA